AUGUGGGGUUAUGUCGGACUGUCCUUUAUCCUCAAGUGUGUACAGCAUGGGAUGGGUACGUGGAGCGGGGCUGGGGUCCAUGUAGGUCCCCGGAGACAGGGGCAUCUACCCAGGGAACAUACUGUCACCUGUCCUUACGCAGUUGGAGUACACAGUCACUUGAGGACAGUUAACAUGGCGGAAAGAUUCAACUGUAGACUGCUACUGUCUUGCUUUGUGUUCAUCCUACCUGGCGCUGAAUGUAAAGUCUGUCCAUCGGAAUGCAAGGACGGAUUGUGUCAACCAAAUGGACUUUGUGACGAGUGCCGUGAUGGGUUUUAUGGUAUCCGAUGCAACAAGAAAUGUCCACCGACAUGCACUGACAGCUUGUGCUACAGAUUCAACGUGUCCUGUAAGAAGGAAUGCAGUGAAGGUCUGUACGGCAAGAAAUGUGACAAGCAGUGUUCCAGGUGUCCGGGCUCGUGUCACUGGAGGACAGGAGACUGUGCAGGAAACUCUUCAGCUAGAAUGCAUUUGUCUUCUAUUGAUCACCAGUCCCCGGUAGAAUCUGAAGCAUCUGAACACAGUGUUCCGGUCUGUCCAUCGGAAUGCAAGGACGGAUUGUGUCAACCAAGUGGACUUUGUGACGACUGCCGUGAUGGGUUUUAUGGUAUCCGAUGCAACAAGAAAUGUCCACCGACAUGCACUGACAGCUUGUGCUACAGAUUCAACGUGUCCUGUAAGAAGGAAUGCAGUGAAGGUCUGUACGGCAAGAAAUGUGACAAGCAGUGUUCCAGGUGUCCGGGCUCGUGUCACUGGAGGACAGGAGAGUGUGAAGCUACACAUUCGUUGAAGCAAACAAACACAGCAACAGGCGAAACCACACAGGCUGCACUGACCAUAAAUACAAGUAUCCGCCCUGGGGAGGUAGCAUCAAGUUGUCGGACAGGAGCAUGUAGGAUUGAUUUUAACGGUCGGCCAGUCUGUCAGUACGGAUGUGAAGAUGGCGCUCAUGGGGCAGCUUGUGAUCAGAGGAAUCCCGAAAGCUGUACACAAUGUAAACAAUUUGGAAACGCGUGCGACUCAAAUGUCAGUGGAUUGAAUGAGGAGAACUGUAAUAAAACCUGUUCUGAUUUCACAGCUAGGUGUUGCACUAAAAGCGGCAUGGCUGAAGGUCUCAAGAUUCAUUCUGAGGAGGCAUGUACCGAGAACUGCAGCAUGUACUGUCGCAAUCUGCCAGGGUUAGACACGGAUUCAUGUGACAAGCUUUCACGGCCACGUGCAUAUGAAUGUAUCCGUGGCUAUAUGGAGGCACUGUGUAAUCAAAUUUGUGAACAGUGCAAGGAAUCGCUAGCAGAUGCCAAACCGACCACAGGUGGUCUUCUGAGUACGAAUACUAUAAUCAUGAUGACAGCACCCUGUGUCUUCGUGGCAAUCGUGGUCAUACUUCUGGCAAUACGAUGUAGGUCAGUUAGAGCGUUUUACAGAUCACCAGCAAUAUCUCCGUCUCUGCUGAGUGAUCGAAAGGUUGGCGAUAUCGUCAAUGUGAUAGCCGAUAGAGAUGCAGGUGACGGCCUCGGAGUCACAGGGAACACGGGCGCUUCCUUGCAACUCAACUCAAGCUACCCGUCACCAGUCUAUCACGCCAAUCGGGACACGGAAGAGGACGAUUACACCCUGCCAAGCGAUCCCCGGCAAAUGUCUGUGAAACACCUACUUCGUUCCAGCUUCAGUUACAUAUCACCUGUGCACCCUCCUGUAGAUGAUGUCCCGGCUAUGCCAAUGGAUUACCUGCCGCGACCUGCAGAUGACAAUCAGACCUUGUCACGCGACCUGUGUGUGAAGGGCAUACUGCGUUCAAGCGCAAGUUACAUAACACCUGUACAAGGUAGUGUGUACACUACUGUAGGUGACGCGCAGAGCCGCGUUGGGAGCGCCCGACUUCCCCCUCAAGAACUCUAUGAGUCUCUCAAUCGCUUCCAUAAAAUCGACCCGAAUCAUUUGUACUCUUUCUUAGAAUCUGCCGAGGAGGACACAAACAUUAGCAAUGACACAUCAUAAAUAUAUGUGUAUACAUGACGAGUAUCAUAAGCAGUAUACAAAUAUUAUAUUGGAUUCUAUACAAGACCAUGGCAAUGCAUGUUGGGUAACGUCGUCAGACGCUUGUUUCAGUGGACGUUUGUAUUGACGCUCUGAAGUGAACAACUUUGUGGAACUACAAGAUAAGUCCGUCAUAUUUCUUAUGAACCAUUUAUGAUGCUGAUCCCAGGUUUCCACAAUCUCUAUCAUAUAUAAAUCACGUACACGUAAGACCAUAUAAAUCUCUUACAUCAUUCACUUAGCUGGAAGGUUGCUGAUCGUGGCGUUAAUUAAUAAUCCAACAGUAUUUCGAUAGUCGUGCGUGCUGUUUCAUUUGCGGAGCAGUCAUAAAAUCUCAAUCUUUGAACUCGUGUUGAAACAGCACUAUCUCGCAUACCAUUUUAUAUCUCAAUUCUGUUGUGUUCAAUAUAUUGGACACUUGCCAAGCCGAGAAAUGCAGAAAACGGACGAAACUGUCAGUCGACCUUAUUACUACUUUACGAUUGUUUCUCCACAAAACACGCAUAGAAGCGAAAGGAUUGUUGGUACAAUAUUUGAAUACUGAAAUAGGAAUAUCACGAUUUGUUUUUAUAACAAGAUUGUACAUAGUUCCCAACUUAUCACAGUACUUUUUUCUUUCGCUUAUGAGUUAAAUUUGAUUUUUAUUCGAAAUAGGACACAAUAAGGAGGACUGGGACAUGGGGAUUUGGUCAUUUUGAAGAAAAUAUACAUCGGAUAAUGUUAUGCGAUUUUACGACCGCUUUCCCGCUGCAGUAACAAAGCGAUCUU